AUGUUGAACAGAAACUUAAUUCUUCCGUACGGUCUACAUGGUAAUCCGAAAAUAUCUGGGCGAUAUCUUAUACAUCUAAACUCAGAAUACUACUGCCUUGCAACUUGUUUAUCUCAAUGGUUAGGUCGACAGUUGCCAGUAAAGUUGAGUGUGUGU